CAGCGCAAUUCACGCAUUUACAUUAAAGCCGUCAGUGAAGACGGACGUCUCACUGUGAAGUGCUCGCAUCUGCCUUCUCAGUCGAGAAAGCGAGUGCCAUUGUUAUUGUUAUUGUUUUUCAUAGGCUCCAAUACAAAGUGCGCGUUGUAUUUGUUAUUGCGAAGAAGCAUGUCGCAACGGAAUAGAAAAUGCUGAUAAAAACGGAAGAGAAACACAAUCAACAAGCCAAAGUGUAGUGCUAAAGUUGAACGGAAACUGAUAAGCGGUUUGUUGGCGAAAAACAAGCGAUCGUACUGUAUUUAACCGUUACCUGUGAAAGCUGCCACAAAUGCACAGAAUCUCACCAUCGCACCGCCGCUGGACAGGUCGAGACGUUGUCUGGCGGGAAAUGUAUUAAGAGGAAACGGAUCCAGCCGCUACCAACAUGCACUGAUAUUGGCGCACAGGAUACGAAUACCGAUCUCGACCUGGAGCAGUUGGCCUAGACCAGCAAUCGAUAGACCAUAAAAUUCCCUCCGUUUUACCCCAAAAAGUAUUUAUUAAAACUGAUCGCAGAAAGUGCCGGCUCAGGAUAAUGGCGCACUUUAGUGGACAUCGGGCGCCGACAGAGGUGCCGGCCCAUUUCAAAAAUCUCUUCACCAACGGACAGUUGGGAGCGGCCGAGGAUAACAACAAUCCCGGCGACAACAACGAACAGGAGAACCGGCCCAUCAACGGCAACGAUGACACGAACAACAACGGGCAGCAGGAUAUCGCCUGUUGGGUCUUCGGAUACGGAUCAUUGUGCUGGUAUCCAGGCUUCACCUACAGCAAGUGUAUUACUGGCUAUAUUCGCGGAUAUGUUCGCCGAUUCUGGCAGGGCAAUGCCACCCACCGGGGCUGUGAAGAAAAGCCUGGACGUGUUGCAACGCUGGUUGAGGACAAAGAGGGAAUAACUUGGGGAUGCGCGUAUAGAAUAACAGGAAGCACGGCUCUGGAUUACCUGAAGCAACGCGAGUGCACUCUGGGAGGCUAUGCGACCAUCGAUACCAAGUUCUUUCCCCGUGUCGCAUCCCAGGACACACCGUUUAGUGGAGAAGCCGUGGAGGUGCUAGUCUAUGUGGCCACGCCGGAGAAUUGUCAUUGGCUGGGCGAGUCUCCAGUGGAGGAGAUCGCCGCACAAAUUGCCUCUUGCCGGGGACCUAGUGGCCACAACGCUGAAUACCUGUUGCGCCUGGCCAUGUUCAUGCACGACGAGAUUCCCGGCGUGUGGGAUGAGCACCUGUUCCAACUGGAGCGUCUAGUCCUGCAAGAGCUUUACCGCCGCGAAAUACCUCUCUCGUCUGUGAUGGGCCGGAAUCCGGAUCGGAUACGCCGCGACUCCCACGAAGAUAUCCGCCGCCCGCCGUCCUUCGAGUUCACCUCCCGUGUGCCGGAAACUAAGCUGCGCUGCCUCAACAUUUGAUCGCUGGUGUUUAGGUGGUCCACCAAUGACCAUCAGAAUCAUACUCCAGAAUCAACAGAAUCCGAAAAAGCAGCAGCAAGUGAUAUUCGAGCCGCGUUUAUUGCUACAGCAAAUUCCAAAUUUAUGAUCGACAUUUUAGCUUUUUAGAGAACCUGAGGAGUCUAUCGCCAAAUUUGAUGUAUUUUAAUUUGUACAUAACCCUAGAGCUAGCCAGUAAGCAGCCGUAAGAAAAUCCUCGAUAAGUGAUCUGAUUUAGCCACUAAGCUAGACUAAGAGAGUCAGUAAGCACAAUACAACAAUUUUUAUACUUGAAACAGUCAGGGAGCUAAAUUAAAGCCAAAACAAAAUAACAUAA